AUGUGGAUAAAGGCAAGAAAUUUAUUUGAAGAUAUAAAGGAUUACAUUACAUAUAACAGUAGCGAAAAUGCGAGCGCCAGAGCAUCAAGUUUACUUGCUUCUCUUAACAAGAAUCGACGGCAGUUGAUUGAAAUAUUAAAAAAUACGGGGAAGUCAUCCAUACACCGCGCUCAGAUUGAUAAAGUAGGGGCAGUAGUCAGUCUCGAUAGUGGUCAGUCUGUUAAAAUCGAUGAAAGUCUGCGAGCUGAAUCUCUGAUCAUAUCGGACGUCUUUAACUGUAAUGAGAUUGAAGCUUUGGAACUUAUACUUACUGGAGAAGUACAAAUGCAGCACUUUACUUACAUGACGAGGGGACUUUGCGCAGUUAUAUGUUAUUAUGAUGCUCACCGUUUCCGAAGUGCUUCUGUGAAGUGUGACUUUGAAUUGAAAGGAUUUUUGUUUUUAGAUGUUCUGCAAACUGUCUGUGUUGAGUCUGAACUGCAAACAUUACAUCAGCCGAAUGUUAAUGGUUUAGGAGGUCCAAAACACCAACAGAUUCUUCGGGAGCUUAUAGAAGAAACGAUAACAAAUUGUGGAGAAUCUCUGUUUCUUUUAUGUUCCUCAUGGAGUUUCGAUCAGCCUCCUCAAUUCAUAAAAGAACUGUUUUUACCACUGAAGUCCCUCGUACCUACGACGGAGGUGCAAGACGUACAUUUAUGUAUGUGGACAGCAAUUUUAGUUCUGUUGUACCCACAGAACUUAAGAAACAGUAAGUUCCACUUUAAUGAACUUAAUUUGAAAGUUUUAAAUAUAAUUUAUCACGAGCUGGAUUUGGUUGAUUGGAAAGACUUGUGUGUGUGUGCGUCAUUGCAGUUCCCGUUCGUAGUCACAUACCACUGGUUAAAUGUUCAUCAAGCUGCGCGUGAAGUUUUGGGUGAUUUCAAAAUCGAUUCUGACGAGCUGCUAGAAAAAGCUAUUAAUGGUAUGGCUUUUCCUUUCAUUCGGAAGUGUAUAUUGACGGCCACAAAGUUCAGAAAAACAGUGAUCGCUUUUGAAAUGUUAGAUGCGCUGAUCAAGACAUUCAUAGCUCAUUUUCCAAAUAAGUUGAUGAUCCUUCAAAGAGUUUGCGAAGAGGAGUUACAAUGUGUUGAAGACUGCCUUUUGAAGGGCCAGCUCUAUCGCCCACGGUUACAUUAUGAAAAUUUCUUGCGUUGCAUUGCAGACUUGUAUGAUACGGAACAAGAAUUUGUCGUACCGUUUGCCACCCAGUUUUCGUCUACAAAUACCGAGGAGCUGGUUAAAUUUUUGAAGAAUGGAAGAAUGCUUUGCUCGCCAGUUCUUCAUGUAGCUUAUCUUGAUAUGGCCAAAAAGUUAAGCAGAUGUCAAAAAACUGCUAAUUUUUUGUUUCAUCUGCUAGCUGCAUCUGCUACUUCCGGGGAAGAUUCUUUGUGUUGGAACCAUUUCUGGCGCGCCCUCCAAGAGUACUUACGCCUAUUCAAGUUAAAAACUACCGUCAGUCAAAGAUCGCAUUUAUUCACCUCGGAAGUCACACAGCAGAUAUCCCAAACUGAACUUGCUGGGCUUAUAGCAUGGAUCCAAUUUUCAGAAGCUGUUGCAUCUCAGGAUUCAGAAGCUCGGAGGCAGUUUGUAGAUAAUAAUGAAUGGAUAUGUAUUGACACAGCUAUUGGAUUGAUUUCCUCUGGAAUUCCUUUGCUUUUAAAAGGGGCUCUAUUUCGGUUUUUAGCAGCUCUCGCUUAUGAUGAAAGAGGAGCUUCAAAGAUUUGGGCUUCGUUAAACGCUUAUUCCGUGUUGUCAUUAACUCGAGAAGGGAAAUUGUUGGGUAUUCAGCAAGAGCUAGAAGAGGGUGAGUGCGCUGCAAAAUCUUACGCCUCUUCGCUGGGAUUUUUACAUCUUAUGAAACCACUUCUUUUACGGAUGUCAGGUAGCAGCGACUACCUUCAGUUGACACCAUACAUACAGUUUAUAAUGAAAUCUAUCAUUUCCCAAUUUGCCGAUCGAUCUUAUCUUGACAUUCUGGAAAUGCUAAUCAUGGUGCUCUUGGAAGGAGCAGAAAGGAUGGCCGAUUAUUCUCCACGUUGUAGAAAACGAGAAGCAGCUGCAUUAUCGAUUCUAAGGUUAAUGGACGUAUGUAUUUCCCGUCAUGCUACACUUGUUGAUGCAAUAAGGGCGUCCAAUUCAAAUUUUAUUGUUGCAUCGCUCGAUUCGCUUCUGUUGAGUGCCGUUCCGAGAAGACAUCAGACGCCUUGUAUAGCAGUGAUUGCCUCUUACAUUGCCCAUGCAGAAAUUUUGCCAAGACAUGCGUAUCGGGCGACUUCAAUUUUAAGAGAACUUAGUUGUACCCGUCCUUCACUUCAGUUACGUCUUGUUCAGUCCCUUUCGCCUAUUUACAUGGAUCUUAUGUGUGGUGCUUCAAGAGCACUUUCUUCUAAAGUUUCCAGUUUGUCCGUCUCAGCAUUAGAUCCUCUUGUUUCUUCCAAAGUGGAGACUUUGAAUGUUGAAAGAGUUCGUGGUGAGACGGCAAGACUUUUAGUUGAGAUGUGUACGGCUGCUGUUGAAAUUGAGCCUUGUGGAUCCAAUAUUGCGUAUAUGUUGUGCGGGUUUGAAAUGACAAAUCUUGCUGAAACGACAAUAGAAAACCCAGGAGUAAAUGGGACCCCCAAAACGUGUUUGCAUAGUGUCAUAGAAACUCUGGGAGGAUUGAUUGAGGGAGAAGAUUUGUCUUCAUGCAAAUAUUCUGCGUUAUUUGAGCCGAUGCUUAGGUUUUUAUUGCGUUUGGUUUCUACCAGGGCAGCGUGCUCGCAGAUAGUCCUACGCUUCCUUCGUUCUAAUCAUGAUCUUAUAUACCGUCUUUCUGCUUCAUCAUUUUUUGUUUCGUCGUCGGCAGACACUCCCGAUAGUGAAGAAACUGCCGUGAUGUCUAAUUUACGUCACAUGUUGCAAGGUCUUGUAUUAAACUUGGGUGCAGUUGAGCUGUCUUCGCUUUUGAGGAUAAAUCACUACAGCCAGCCUGAAAGAUUCUAUCGUUUAAUGUUUGCUGAAGUCGAUUCGGGCGAAAGUGCACACAUGGCGGUAACGGAGACGGGACCUAAGUCUCCUGAAGAGGAUACCACAUUUAAACGAUUGUUUUUGAGUUCAGGGUCCCAUUUGUUGUGGAAAUUGUUAAGUUACACAAGACUGGAAAGUUGUGUUUUGGAACCCCCAAAUUUGGAAAUUUUGGAUUCAAAAAAGUUGCAGAAAAUAAUUGGACUUUGCAUUCAACCGACUACGUCAAACGUUGAACAGUGUGACAUUGAACAUUUGGUAUGGUUAUUAAAGAGAGAAACACUAACAGUAGACACGGAAUUGCAAAAUGAUUAUUUUAUUCGGUUUUCGAAGGAAGAGGAGAAGGUUUUAACAUAUUGCGUUGAGUACAAUCGCCUACGUGUUGCUGAAGCGUCUGCAAGACAGUUACUUUCAGGAUGGCUUUCUUUUGUCAAUGUUAUGGCAGUGUUCGCACCAGUACCUUUUGUGGCUUCAGAACUUCAAAUACAUCUACUAACUGAUGCAGUCUUCAUUCUGACACAUUACGGCUCGGCUUUGGACAUGGACGCGGCACUUUCCUCAGCAAUAUCGCAGUGCCUCUUUAGAUUGGUUACUUCUAUAUGUGACAUGCUGAAGAGUGUGAAUCUGAAGGUUUCUGUAUUAAGAGAAACGCUUGCUCCUAUAUUAGAUCUGCUUUCGUUGUAUAUAGUCCAGCCAGGUCGGCGGUCUCUGCAAAGCAAACUCGAUUUGUAUGGAUGUGUAUUAUACGUCCUCAAUUGUGUCAUAAACGAACAAGAGAAUUUUUCAGAGAAAAUGACUACGAACUUGCGAGAAAAUGAUGAUUUUGCAUUGGGUUUUGCCGCAGUUGAGGUCGUAAAAAAAGAUCCUGUACGAUCUGCAAUAAGUGAACGCGGAAGUGAGUUGCUCAGCAGACUUACAAAUGAUAUAUGUGAAUCUCCUCACGAUUUAAAGGAAGGAAUAAUUUGCUUUAGUUUUUUGUCUGUUCCUGUAGAAAUGUACUUUUUUCAGAUUGUUGCAAUGUGCUGCUUGGUCCAAAUUUUACGGGAGGAUUCACUAGGUUCUCAAACAAUAACCAUGGCUUUUGUGCGAAGCGGAAAUCUUCGCCACAUCUUGGACACUGUGAAGUCACUAGCUCUGGACAGUCAAAACGAAGUUGCUUCUUUGCGAACUUUAAUUCAGUUCAAAAUAAUUCUUACUCUUUUAAUUCGACUGGCGCUAACAGACUGUGGUUGGGUUGGCUUGUGCGAGCAUCAUACAUUGGAGAUAUUAGCUAAGAUGCCGCUGUGGAAGAAUCCACCGAAAGAAAUUUUUUUAAAUUUUGCGCCUAAUCUUAAAGAUCGUACUCUUAAGCAAGUCUACAUGGGAGCAGUGGACCUCAUGAUACGUUUCUGCCUUGCACUGUGCUCAAAUUGUAACUGGAAACGAUGCUCUAACGAGAUCUUGCAACUGAUUCUUCGUAAUGAAGAGGUUUUGAAUCAACUUUCUCGAAUUGAUGAAAUUAUUACAGACGAGAUGACACGUGCGUAUGUGAGUAGUUCGCCCUGCUUAGAUGGCUUAAGGAAGUUGGGUAGUAAACCACAGAGGGAAAACCACGCAACACUCUCGAGUGCCUUUGCAAUAGCAGCUGGAGGAAAGAAACUGAGUAGUGAUUCUUUGUUUUGA